AGCAAUCAUGCAGUGUGGAAGCGAUCGAGUCAAUGAGCGCAUCUUCGAAAUAGUUGGAUCUGUUAAGAAUUACAAAUGGGGAAAGCGUGGGAAUAACAGUCUCGUCCGCCAGCUCACCGUUAAUUCUCUAUUCCUCGAUUCUACCAGUGAUGAUCAUUAUGCCGAGCUGUGGUUUGGAACACAUCCUUCUGGACCUUCUCAAGUUAUACCUUUUUCUAAAAAAGAGCACCCUGAGCUAAACUCGCUGGCUGCACAUCUCUACAAAGACGCAGAUGCAGCUAUCGGGAACACAAAUCACGUCAAACUAGCAAACUCUAUACAUUUGCCCUUUUUAUUCAAAGUGCUCUCAAUUCGAACAGCUCUAUCUAUACAAACACACCCAGACGCCAAGCUUGCAAAGAAACUUCACCAACAAUACCCAGAAAUAUACAAAGAUUCUAAACACAAACCAGAACUCGUCAUCGCGCUCACGAAUACAUUGGUUAUGUGUGGAUUCAGACCUCUCAACGAAAUUGCAGAAUUUCUUCGACAAACGCCAGAAUUAACAAUGGUCAUCGAUAAGAACAUCGUAAACGAGUUUCUUUAUGUAUGUGAUACCAGUCCUGCCUCCUCACAUACCAAGCCACUGAAAAGACUGUUUUCGGCACUCCUCUGCGCAGACAAAUACACUCUCUCAUGCGCACAUAGAAAACUUCUAGAGAGGAUGCCUUCCUUCCAACCAAACGACUCCGCCCUAAAAAAAGUACUUCAGGCUCUUCUUGAAGACUUUUUUGAAGACGCCGGACUGCUCUGUGCAUUCCUGUUCAACGUCAUCGAACUCUCUCCAGGAGAAGCAUUGUUUUUGAAACCCAACACAAUCCACGCUUACAUUUCUGGUGAUUGCAUCGAAUGUAUGGCUGCAAGCGAUAAUGUCAUUCGGGCUGGACUCACCCAAAAAUACAAAGACAUAGAUAUGGUUAUCAACACUGUCAACUACAAAGCAGAACGUCCGAAAAUCCUUCGAGGCGAAAACCUCCAAGACUCUUUUCUAUUUUCCCCUUUCGAACGAAUAUAUGCGCCCCCUGUUUCAGAAUUCCAAGUUGGUCUAUUGCGCUUAGAUCAGGAAUCUCAUAUAUACGUCUUGCCUGCACUACCCGCCAUCAGUAUUGUGCUUGUAUACCGAGGAAGUGGAAUUCUCACUCGAUUCCCCGGCCACUCACCAGGAUACUCCUACCCACUUAAGACUGGGCGUAGCUAUAUUAUUUACAAAGAUACGAGUGUUGAAAUCCACGUUAAAGAAGAAAUCGUCCUUUACCGUGCUUGUCCCUCUAUGCUAUCUUCACUCCCAGCUUAAUUCGCAAGGCCACAACUAUCUUGUCAAAAAAUUGAUUCAACGCACAUCUCUCCUAGCCUUCAACCUAAUGAGCGGCACAUAUGGCUCUGUAAUAUUGCAUCGACUACAGUACUCAAACAAUGCACCCGACACCUCUUGCCUAACAGCCUUUUUUUUGCCUCCGCAAACAACUCGCAUUAGUAAAUCUUUUUUGCUCUCUACGCUCAACAUCGGCUCCUCGAAAGCAUCCAUCAACGCCCUCACACUGGGGUAAACAUUAGCCACUGCUGUUGCCUGGUCUGUUGUAAGACCAACGUCUUUCAGCGCUUGAAUCCAAAUCUCGCGCGAACCCUUGUGCGAGCUUUUAGAGUGAGGACUCACCAAGCACUGACUAACAAACGCACCAUCCUGCUUUGGGUAUCUGUAGGGCCUGUGUGCAAAGGACCUCGUCAUUUUUGCCAACAUGUCUGCCGCCCCCUCGUAGUCGCAUUGCGCAAAGCAGACUAUAGAAUUUAUCCGUUUGGAUAACUGUAUAUUCAGUGACCUAAUUGUAAGAUUUUGAAUAUGAAUAUUUCGAUUUUGACGAGCAUUUUCAAAAUCCAAAACUAAAAACGAAA